AUGACAGUUAAAAAUAACGAAAAGGAUGCCUAUAUAAUAUUAUUGGCACCAGAAAAUGAUAUUUUACAGAGGGAUAUGACGAGAUUACACAAUUGCACGACGGCAACAAAGCUAGUGAUAGUGGCGGUAGAUUUCAUGUUUAAUGAAGAUGAAGAGAGAGACAAUGCAGUAUAA